GGCCCUUUAUGACUGUCACCUGGGGUAGACCUGUGAGCCAGCAUGACACCAAAGCGCCCUCAGUAAGAGGGCGGCAGGUCAGCCAGGCCAGAGCCUGGACCUGGGCCCCAGCUUCGAGCAACCAUGGAGGAUGCCUUGAUCAGCCCUGCCAGGGAUUUGUAAGGUGGCCCUGCCUGGUCCCCCUGCCAUCCACUCACUCACUGGAGUCUGCGAGGACUUUCCCAGCUCCAGGGUCAAAGGGUGGAAGUCCCAGGGUGGGAGGCAAGGCCUCCUUUAUAUCCAGCGAAGAAGAAGAAAUGCAGCAGCAGAGAGCAAGAGAGCCAGGGGGGCCAAGACCAGGAGAAACGGAGGUGGGGAUGGAGUGGGGCUGGCCCCUGAAACCAGGGUCAGAGCAAGGGCUACCCAGGCAAGGGGCAUCCCCUAGCUCAGGGCCUAGACUCUGCCCCUGCCCCACCGUGCCACCAGGAGGAGGGGCCUCAGUUUCGCCCAGGGCAGUACCCCCACAGCUCCAGAGAGAGCGGCUGGGAUCUACAAAACCAUCCUUUCUCCAGCUGGAGCAGGAGAAUCACAGCCUGAAAAGGCAGAAUCAGGACCUCCGGGAGCAGCUGGGGGCAAUGCUGGGGCCAGGGCAGUUCCUGCCUCUAUGUACUGAGCACUCCAGCUGCUCAGCCCUGGCCUGGUCCCCCGAGUCAGCCAGCACCCGGCCCCCAGAGGACAGGGCUCCUGUGCAGCUGCUGAGGCGUGAGCUGUGCCGGGGGGAGGAGGCCUUUGUGCAGCAAUCCCAGAAUGAGCUGCAACAGAUCCGACUGUCCUUUGAGAGGAAGAAGAUGGCCAUCACAGAGGUAUGGGAUGGCGUGGCAGAGGUACACAUGGCCCUGAACAACCAGGCCACUGGGCUCCUGGUAGGUCCCCAAGGUGACAGUCAGGAGCAGGAGGAGCGAGGGAAGAACCUCAAGAAGGACAUUCGGGGUGUGCUAGACCAAAUGGAGGACAUUCAGCUGGAGAUUCUGGGGGAGCGGGCCCAGUGCCGCAGCCAGGCCAGGAAGGAGCAGCAGAUGGCAUGCGUGGCACCCUCAGCACAGGCUCUGACACGGCACCCUCCCCAACAGAAAGGGAGGCCACAGCUGGGAUGUUCCAAGGGCUUCAAGGGCCAGCUCUGGCUGCUGGCCCUGAGGCUGCUGCUGGGCACCCUGCUGGCCUGCACUGCUGCCUACGUGUACGUGGUGGACCCUGCGCCCUUUGAGGGGCUGGUGCCGCCCCUGCUGAGCCGAGCCACAGUCUGGAAGCUCCGGGCCCUACUGGGCCCCUUCCUGCGUCUCGAGGUAGAUGACUUCCUGCCCUUCUAGGCCGGAAGCCCAGUGGCCCCAGCGAGGAGGAGGCCAGGCUGCCGGCGCUGCCCCACGUGUCCAGUGGCCCCGCCGGCUCCUGUUCAUGGCACCG